AUGCCAAAGCGGCUCCCCUUCCUCUGCGCCUUGGGUGCCUAUAAAUUGCUCCGGCGCGCGUUUGUCAGCCUCCUCUUCUCCUGGCAGGUGGUACCCAGGCAGAAUUCUGCGUUCAGUCUCUCUCUCGCUCCGCUCCCGGCCGUGAGGCGCUCGCCACUGCUCGCCAGCUCCUCCGAUCCAGCCCGGAGCCUCUCGGAGCCGCUGCCGGUGCCCAGCGCCGCUGCUCCGCUCACCCGGAGGGCGCCGGGCCCGAGGUCUUGCGGCCGGUGCGUGGGGUUUUGGGGAUGCGCAUCUAUUAGAGUUCUGGUGGUUGCCGAGGAGGGGAACAAAAAAAAGAGAGAGAAAAGAAAGGAGAAGGGCGAUCCCAGCGAGCGAAAGAAGAGAAGGAGGCAGAAAAAGGCAACUUCAGACGGAAAGUUGGUGCGAACUGGCGCAGUCGGCAAAAACGGAAAAGUCGAUCGCAGGCGGCGGCAUAAAAGUGUGAGCGGCCCGGGAGAGCGCGGGAGGCGGCGGCUGCUCUGCGCUCAGGGCGGCCGCGCCGGCGCCCAGGCAGCCACAGCUCGGGACUUCAGCUCAAGUCACUUGGCGUCCGAGCUCCCUCCCCAGCCGCAGCCUCAGCUGGGGGGAGAGCAAGAGCCCGCGAGGAGCGGCCGGCGCGCGCCCGCCCAGGGGACUUGGGGUUCGCAGGGGGUUGUUUUCGGCUCUGAGGAGGUCCCCGCCCAACCUUCAAAAUUUUGUCCAAAAGCAGACAAGAGGAUCGCCCCGCGCUGA